CAUAUGUAACGUCACAUGACUGGCUAAUAGUGAGGAAGUGCGUAGGGAAAGUUGUUUGGCAUGACAUUUGAUCAAAUUGGAGAAACAUUGUGUGGAGGACUGACAUUUUUAGUAACUCUAUAGGACAUGAGGUAAACUACAGGAGCAUCUAAGAUAAAAUGGUCCUUUCAUCUCUGUCACCUGUCCUUUGGGGGCUUGUUUUCGUGGCAGCACAAGUGAUCCUCUCUGCAGGUUACAAUAAAUGUGUUGCCAGAAACUUUGGCCAUGACUCUGUGGUGUGUGAAUGUAAUUCGACAUAUUGUGACAGCAUUGGACCUGUCAGCCUCCCUCCACUGGGCCAGUUCUCGUCCUACCUGAGCAGCAUUGCGGGCAGCAGACUGGAGGCCAGUCAGGGUGAAGUUCGGGCUAACAGCAGCGGAGGAAGGCUCAGGUUGACUAUAGUUCCCUACCAGAAGUACCAGAAGAUCAGGGGGUUUGGAGGGGCGAUGACAGAUGCAGCAGCCAUCAACAUACUCUCUCUUUCUGCUGGUGCACAGGAGCAGCUGCUGCGGCAGUACUUCUCCAGUGAAGGUAUCGGCUACAGUGUAGUGCGUGUCCCCAUGGCCAGCUGUGACUUCUCCACACGUCUGUACACCUAUGCUGACACACCUGGAGACUAUGAUCUGCACAAUUUCACUCUGGCCCCAGAAGACAUCAACAUGAAGAUCCCUCUCUUGCAGCGUGCGCAGGCCUUGUCUCCUCGCCCUCUGUCUCUGCUGGCCAGUGCCUGGAGUGCCCCCGCCUGGUUGAAAACGAACGGUGCACUCACAGGAAAGGGCUCCCUGAAGGGCCAGCCAGGGGGCAAGGAGCAUAAAACCUGGGCUCAGUACUAUGUCAGGUUCCUGGAGGAAUACGCUAAAUAUAACUUGACCUUCUGGGCACUGACGACAGGAAAUGAGCCCUCUGCAGGAAUGAUGACAAACUACAGUUUUCAAGCCCUGGGCUUCACUCCCGAGGAGCAGAGGGACUGGGUGUCUCUGGACCUGGGCCCUGCCCUGCAUGCUUCGUCAUACCCACACACACACGUCCUCAUACUGGAUGACAGCCGCAUUCUGCUGCCCCACUGGGCCAAAGUGGUCUUAAGUGAUGUUCAUGCAGGAAGGUACAUUCAUGGUGUGGCAGUCCACUGGUACUUAGACAGCGUUGUGCCACCUGGCAUCAGCUUGGGAACCACCCAUGACCUCUACCCGGAGUAUUACCUGUUUGGCACAGAGGCCUGCGCUGGUUGGAACCCGCUACACAAAGGAGUGAUGCUGGGAAGCUGGGACAGAGCUGAACAGUAUGCACAUGACAUUAUAGAGGACUUGAAUCAUUAUGUGGUCGGCUGGACUGAUUGGAACCUGGCGCUGGACCCAAACGGUGGACCAAACUGGGUUAAAAACUUUGUGGACAGCCCUGUUAUAGUCGAUGCAACACGUGAUGUCUUCUAUAAGCAGCCGUCUUUCUACAGCAUGGCCCACUUCAGCAAGUUUCUGUGGGAGGGGUCUCAGAGAGUGGGGGUGUCUGCCAGUGGAGAGACACACCUGGAAUUUUCUGCCUUCAUCCGACCUGAUGGCUCACUAGUGCUCAUCAUACUCAACAGAUCAUCAUCAGACAUCCUGUUUGAAGUCUGGGACCCUGCUGUGGGUUACAUCCCCUCCACUGCUCCAGCUCAUUCUCUGCUCACACUCGCUUGGAAAAGGCAGUGAUCAUUAAAGCAGUUUCUCAGACUGCGUAUUUGUUUCAGCUGAACCACAUUAAAAGCAUUUCUCUGCGAAUUUGCACACAGGAUGAUCAUAAAACCUCCUGAUUUUAGGGCCUUAUUUUUUGUUUAGCUGCUACCUCUGGACCAAAGCAAGCAAGAGGAACCUCUGACAUAAAUGUAGGGCGAUUGCAUCACUAAAUCAUUCCUUUUGGCAGUGUGGAUACAAACAGGAAAAAAGCCCUUGUAAGCGCCUAGUUCUUGAGAAUGAUUUCCCAGUGUGGCUUUGGGAGUCUCCAGAACUGUUUAGUCCAAAAAUCCCUCUAAUACAAAAGCUGUUUUAAGUAUGUUUUCAAUUUCAUUAUCACACAGACAUCUUAUUUUGUUUUGCUGUGAUUUUUUUUUUAAACAUAACUUGAGUAAUUCCAGUAUUCAUUUAAAAUAACCACAAGAAACCAGACAUUCAACACAUUAUUUCCCCCUUCAAAUGUCUGGGGGGGGAAAUGAUGCCUGUGCUACAUAAUCACUGGUGCCUUGAUUUCCUUUUAAUAACAUAUUUGACAUGGCUCUGAUCAAAUCAUGUAAUGCACUGAAUCUGUAAAUAAUUUAAGUUGUUGCUAUUUAAUCAUAUUUGCUGAAUAAAGCAAAUUGUUUGAAAUUUGAAGAGUAUCUUUCAAGGCAAAGAGGAACAACUAUUACAUGGAUUGUGAGCAAUGAAAAUGAAGCAAUGACUUUUUUUCAGUUUAUUAAUACAUCAUAGACAGUUUAUCAUAGACAUUUUUUUCAUAUAUAUAAUAUACAGUUUCAUUACCAGGUAUUUCACAUUUGGGCCUCCAUUCUCAUGUUUAUUUCUUUGCAAACUUUAAGUUGUUGGACUAAAAUUAUUUACAUCAAAAGUGAUAAAAAUGUGAAACAAAAGACAGUCGUAAACAGAGGAAUAAAAUGACAGAGGGAUGCCAGCUGUUUAUACUAUACACACUAGGAGGAGCAUGUUGAAAUAUGAAGCAUUGUAUAUGGGGCCAAGCUCUGAGGAUUUAUUUUUAUUCCCUUGCUGGUACUAUGGGUAUUUGUUUUGUUUUCUUCCGAUUUAGAAGAGUCCUGAAAGGUGUCUUGAAUCCCUUACUUUCCUCUUAAGUUAGUCAGACCUUCUGUUUGUGACCAUUUUACAGCAGCGACUCCACGUGCUUCCUAUACAAGACUCUGUUGUGCUCCUGUAUUGAGAAACACUACAGAGUGUGGACACAAAAACAUAAACACCUUUACAGUCCAAUCCAAUUAAACACUAACAUAUCAACAGUCACUCGACAUGUUCCUGACACAAUCUCAACAAAGAACAUUAUACAGACCCUUCAUAAACAGCAUUUAUUUCAGGGAUAAAGGUGUUCAUGCUGUUAUGGGUUGCCUCUGUGCAUGCGUAGAGUGAAAAAAAAAAUCACCUACAGUCUUUUCAUAUGCUUACAGGGCUCAGUUGCAGGAUUUAGGUAAUCUUAAGAUGAAUGAAGAGGGAAAAGCAUGAAGAAGUCUGGUAUUUCUCCACCAGUCUAUUGCAGCAGUAAUAUUUAAAGAAAAAAUGUGAAAGCAGUUUCCUGGAGGGUUCAAAGUACAGAGGACAUGGUCUUGAUAAACAAUCUAGGCUGGUUUGUUAUUAGGCAA